CGCUUGCCCUUAUCCAGCUGUCCUCUAUACCUUCACUUCCUCUCUCCCUCUCUCUCCCUCCCUCUCUCUGCCUCUCCUCCCCCCUCACCGACCCCCAGGCCUUUUCCCAGAUGCUCUGCCCACCCACCGGCCCCUUCCAGGCCAGAGCCUGGGAAAUGUUUUCUUUCAGGGUUCUGCUGCCCAGAAUCCCAGGGCCAGCCCUCCUGGCUGAAGGCUUCUGGGAGUCGUAGUUCACCAAGUAACUUUUCCAAGCGGCGACUCCCAAAGAUCCACAGAAGCAAACCAGAAACGGCAACUCCUCUGGCGCUCAAGGAUGCCGUUGCUCUCCAGUAUCCACCUGGGUCUCCCCUUCCCAGCCUCUCUUCAGCGCGUGGCCCUCCUCUCCGGCUCCUACCAUUACUACCACUAUGGCUGUGACGAUGUGGACGACCGCGGUUGGGGAUGUGGCUAUCGGACACUCCAGACUCUGUGCUCCUGGUUGGUGGAGAAUAAGAGCCCAGGAGAGGGUGUUUUCCGCCCUGUCCCUUCUCUGAAGGAGAUCCAGACCUCCCUGGUGGAGAUGGGAGACAAACCCCCUUUGUUCGCUGGCUCUCGUGACUGGAUUGGCACGGUAGAAGCUGCCUUGUGCAUCGACCACUUCUACUCUGUGCCAAGCAAGCUUGUCCACAUUCCCCGAGGCCGGGCUUUGGAGAAAGAGUUGGAGACAUUAUAUGCCCAUUUUCAGGAAGGUGGGGGCCCCGUGAUGAUGGGAGGAGACCGAGACAACUCCUCCAAGGGCUUGCUAGGAAUCUGCUCUGGCCCCAAAGGGCAUCACCUUCUGGUUCUUGAUCCACACUAUUACGGUCGAGCAGGGUCCCUCACGAAGGAUGAACUGCAAGCGCAACGGUGGGUUCAUUGGCAGGAACUCGGGGCCUUCGAAGAGGGCUCCUUUUACAACCUUUGCUUACCCCAACUCUGGAGGAAAGGCUGUUCCCUGUGAAAAGGGUGUUUCCAAUGUGUGUGUGUGUGUGGGGGGGUGUUCUUCUUGACUGCCUUCUGGCAACGCUGGCUGGAGAAUUCUGGAAAUCAGGCGUUCCACAAAAAGUAAACUUUCCAAACUCUCAGGAUUCUGAAGGGCCCACAUGGGACUCACACCCGUUUGAUAGGGCCUAGGCGCAUAGAAAAGUGUCUCUUCUUUGUUGGAAACCACAUGGUGUUGCUGCCAGCCAGGGAGCUGAACACCGACCAGGACAGGGGGAGCAUUCACUGACUUAUGAAAAGAAUGUUAAAUGGCCAAUGAAUUCUGUGUUACAUAAACUGCUACUGUUUGUUUUGUGUUCA